AUGGCGGCGGCGGCGGCCAUGGCGACAGCGGCGGCAGCGCCGGAGUGGGCCACCAAAGAGCCUUGCCUCAUGGGCAUCGACGAGGCUGGACGCGGCCCUGUUCUUGGUCCCAUGGUGUAUGGCUGCAUGUACUGCGCGCGUUCCUACCAUGACACUCUUGCCACUCUCAGUUUUGCAGAUUCGAAGACCUUGAAGGAGGAGCAAAGGGAGGAGCUGUUUGAAAGUCUCAAGAUGAAUAGCUCCAUUGGGUGGGAGGUUGAUGUCAUAUGCUCAAAAGUGUUAUCUGCCAAAAUGUUAAAAAGGACAAAAGUUAAUCUGAAUGAAAUAUCCCACAACUCUGCAAUAGGCCUUGUUAGAAAAGCUAUUGAUAAUGGAGUUUUACUGACAGAGGUCUAUAUCGACACAGUUGGAGAUCCUGAGAAGUACAGGGUCAAACUUACGGAAAAGUUUCCAGGCAUCAAAUUUGUGGUUGCCAAGAAAGCUGAUAGUCUCUACCCUGUUGUUAGUGGAGCAAGUAUAGUUGCAAAGGUCACUAGGGAUAGAGCCUUACGAAACUGGGUAUUUGAUGAAACAGCUCAGAAUAUGCAUAUGAACACUGGAUCAGGUUAUCCAGGAGAUCCUAAUACUAUACAAUGGUUAAAAGAUCAUAAGCAUCCAGUAUUUGGUUUCCCAACUUUGGUGCGUUUUAGCUGGGGAACUUGCACACCAUACUUCAAGAAUGGAGUUGAAGUCACAUGGGAGUCUGACGAAGUUGAUGAAGAUGCAGCUGGCUACGGAAGCGCCAAGCGACAGGUCACGUUGUCGAGCUUAGGCUUCACAGGGUUCAAAAGGAAGUCGGAGGAGAUCGAAUCGAGUGGAAAAGGCCGCUGUAAGUUCUUCCAGGCUCGCAAACUCGAGCUUGUCAGAAAGUUCCAGUGA